AUGAAAACAAAAAGUAGUAGCAGGAUGAAAGAGGAACAAGUGAUUCAAAAACGGCAAGAAGAAAAAGAAGUAGAAGAAGAAGAAGGAAGGCAAGAAGAUAUGAAUCAAGGAUAG